AUCAUUUAAAAACAAACAGAGCCCGAAACUGUCAACACGAGAGAUUUUACCAAUUUCAGCUUCUGUAGAUUUUUGUUUCUCCUGAAGACUUUUUCACUGCGGAUAACAACGAACGACCCGCUGAGACUGACAACCGACACACACCUCCAACAUGGAGCAUUGUGACCUUCCCGUCCACCUGCGAGACCACGACUACGGCAGCCGCAGGAGAAGCUCUGCAGGCUGGGCACACGCUUCCUGGAGCAAGUGUCCAUGCUGCAGGAACGAGCAGGUGAAUUUAACCCCGGGGCCCCAGCACUCUGCUACUACGGCCAAACUUCCCCGGAAGAGGAAGCGGCGCUCCGCGUCCCGUCCUUCUACACCUUCUGCUCGUGGUCCAGGGAAGAGGAGUUUGGUCCCAGCGCCUCCAUCCACCAUCCCACCUGCUGACCUGCCCGUGGCGCCCAACGUGCCCCCCGGCCCGCCUGCCAACCAGCCGAGCUCCACUGAUGUGAACCACGCUGGUCCAGUCAAGAUACACAACUGCUCAGUGGAAGAUUACCAGAGAGUCUAUCAUGAAGUGGUCGACGACCUGCUGAGGUACCAGAGCGGCCGGGUUCGUCCGUACAGUUUACAGCUGGGACGACGUAUCAAGUGGAAGCUGUGGGAGAGACUGGACCGGCCCGCCAUGACAUCAUCAACCCAUCAAGAUGGACUCACACACGUGGAUGUCUCGUACAGGGCUGGACUCUCUCCUCCCCUCUAUGAUUUAGACACUCUGGGAGAACCGAGCCCUGGACAGCCUCCACUUAAAGGAGCCAAGAAGUCCGACUGACCUGAGAGCAGCGGCUUCACUCCAACACUCUGUAAUAACAGUUCAAUGAGAUCAAAUCCAGCCUGUAAAUAUUGGAGACCUCAACACAACUGGCUUCAUUUACAUCAGUCCAUGCAGCCUCCGUCAGUAAUCAAGCCUCCACCUCAAACACCAUCUACGCCUGACACCGGACAAGACCCAACCUCUGAGAGCCACCUGGAGUAAGAGGCUCCAUCCUUCACCUACAAGUCUCCUCCAGUCACUUUUAAAUCUAAACUGUGCCUUCUUACCACGUCAGCCAUCUGCUGCUCUAGCCUCCACCUGCAGACAGCAGACAGCUGCAAAGACAUACUCCACCCAAAUCUUCAGCCAAGAACGUCUUCCGCCAGCUCCGCCUGUAAAUUCUUGUUGUCAGCUUCAACCUCAUUCAUCCAAUUGCAGCUGCUUCCAACUCCUGCCUCCAUCUACUGCAUCUGCCAGAAACCUGCAGCCACCAGCUCCACCUGCAGAUUCUAGCAGAGAAUUUCAACAAGUCCACCUACAUCCUCUGCCAGCAACCUGUUGUUUUCUCCACCAACAGAUUCUGGAUGAACAUUGAGGCUUCUACCUCCACCUCCACCUCCACCCUUGGCUGAAAAUCAGAACCUCUGCCUCCACCAGUAGAUUUGUGCUGACAAACACAAGCCUCCACCUAAAACCUCUGUCAGGAACCUGCAGCCACCCGCACCACCUGCAGAGUCUAACAGAGAAAUGCCACUUCACUGUCAACUGACAGAAACAUCCACCUCUUCCAGAUUAUGAAAGACCAAUGAUGCCUCAACCUCCACCUCCUUCAUCAGCUCAAAGAAUUUGCUGCCUCCACCUGUCAAUUUGUUCCAACAAAGAGCAGAACAAGCCUCCACUUAAAAUCUCCACCAGAAACAUGCAGCUGCCACCUCCACCUGCAGAUUCUGAUUUUGGAAGACCACUGAAGCCUCCACCUCCAUCAUGAGUUGAAAAACAACAACACUGCCUCCAUCAGAAGAUUUUUGUCACCAGCAGCAGACAGUUUCAACAAGUCCACCUAUAGCUUCUGCCAGCAACAUCCACUGCACCUCCACCUGUGGAAUCUGACAGAUUGCUGCAACCUUUGUCCUCCAACUAAAUGCCAUACUGAGUCUUCCUCUAAAAACCUGCCCCUCUGACUCCAUCUAAAUUAUCUUCCAUCUUUCUGCCUGCAGGCUCUGCCAGUAACCUGUUGUCUUCCUCCACCCUACAGAUUCUGGAAGACCAGUAAGACCUCUUCCUCCACCUCCUCGCCUGAUAUAAAAAAUACUGCUGCAUCACCAUCAGUCAGUAGAUCUGUGCUGACAAACACAAGCCUCCACCUAAAGCCUCUGCCAGGAAGCUGCAGCUGCUUCCUCCACCUGCAGAUUCUGAUUUUGGAAGACCACUGAAGCCUCCACCUCCACCUCCAACAUCCAUCCUCAGCUGAAAAACAACCACAAUACCUUCAUCAGAUUUGGGCAGACAGACACACGCCACCACCUAAAUUCUCUGCUAUUAACCUGCAGUGGUGAACUCCACCUGCAGAUGCUGUGACCUAAACUCCUCCUUUAGCCUCUGCCAGUAACCUGCAGCCACCACCUCCACCUGCAGAUUCUUGCAGAUAGUUGAAGCCCAAACCUCCAUCUACAGCCUAUGCAAGGAACCUCCAGCUUCCUCCACCUGUAGAUUCUUGCAGAUAGCUGUAGUCAAACCCUCCAUCUCAGUCCUCUGCAGCCUGAACCUCCACCUGCAGCCUCUGCCACAAACCUGAAGCCACUGCUUCAUCCUGCUUAUUCUGGCAUGGAGCUGCAGAAUAAUCCUCCACCUACAGCUUCUCCCCUCCACCUGCAGAUGAUUACCAACAGCUACAGCCCCGACCAGAAACAUCCACUGCCAGAACACAUCCAGUGAGUAAAGUGCAACAAACAUCAGCUGGUGGAUCCAUGCUGUUCCUAAAGGCAUCAUCAGACUGGAUCAGCUGUCCAUCAUGGAGAAGUCCAAGCUGUGUCACCUUCAUGGCAUUGUCCUCCAAAGAGCUGCUAGAAAUCAUCAAUACACUGAGGAAAUUAUAUCCAGUUUCUUCACUUGAACCACAGCAGUGAAUCAUCACCUCUCUCCACCUGGUUCCUCUCGAUCGAAACUCAAGAUCAACCAGAGCCCAACAAGGUCCUGACCCGAGACCUCUCUGCUGCUGGAAAGAGACAACAGAACUCCUUUCAGAGGGCCAAUAAAAUAUCAGCCUACAUUAU